UUUGUGGUGUCUUUUGACUCAGUUAAAUAGCCUAUUCCAUCUUGCUAGCUGGUCUGGGAGAAAGAUAAUGAUCCUGGGUUGAAGAAAAUGAAAAGUUUGUUUGUUCUUGUGGCUAUAGUAAUGUCCUUAUCAUUGGCCAAAAACAGAACAUCUGAUGAAGUUGUUUUGACUGCCUGGCCUCGGGGACAGCACUUCUACCUCGGGGAACCUAUUGUUCUGACAUGUGAGGUAAAAAGGAACUCUUCAGAGCUGUGGAUCUACAGUUGGUUUAGGCACGACCUCGAUAAGGCUCUGACCCCUGGUCGUGCUCACAGAGUAAGCCAUCACACUUACUCCAUUUCAGCGCUGACCUCUGAGGACAGUGGCACAUACUGGUGUAAAGCUUGGAAACAGCACACAAAUUCCACCCUGCUAAGUAAACCUGUGUCUUUAAGUGUCACAGCAGCCUCACCUCCUGCAUCCCUGGAGGUCUGGCCUGACAGCAGUCAGCACUUGAAGGAUGAACAGUUUUCUCUGCACUGUUUAGUACACGGUGGUCAAUCAGCAGGUUGGACCCUGAGACGCCUCCAUGGUGCUAAGGUAAAUUCAGGCUGUUUGAAGAUCGAGGGAAUAGUCAAUCCUGAUCAACCUGACAAAUGCAGCUUUAACAACAUUACUGGUGGGUUAAGUGGCUUGUACUGGUGUGGAGCAGCCAGAGGGGAUCAACGCAGUAAUGCCAUCAACAUCGCUGUGACCGAUGACCAUGUGAUACUCCAGUCUCCAGUUCAACCUGUGACAGAGGGAGAGACUGUUACUUUAACAUGUAAAACUUCCAACAACUUAUACCGUGCACUGAUCUAUAAAGACGGUGUGAGCAUGAAUAAUGCCAAUGUGACGAUAGUGAAUGUGACUAAAUCUUAUGAGGGAUUUUACAAGUGUGUCAACCCAACUGCUGCUGUGGAGAGUCCAGAAAGCUGGCUCUCAGUGAGAGAUAACUCAGAGGAAAAAAACAUCUUUGUAGCGGCGUGGGUUUGGGUCGUCUGUGUCAUCGUCAUCAUUCUGCUUUUAAUCCCUGUGACUUUUCUGCUUGUACCAAGCCUCAGAAGGAGAAUAAAGUUGUUCCCAAGAUGCGGAGAGAUUAAUGCCCAUCAGGAAAUGCCUAAAACCAAACAGGAUGUGACAGAGAUCCAGUGGGACCUGGGCUGGAUGGAGAUGACUAAUCUGCUGGAUAAUGUGCCAUACACUGGCAUCUGAGCAGCUCUUAAAUAGCUUACAUAGUGUUAGUCUAAUCAAAAUACAACAGUGCAGAAUAGCUUUAUGAUUAUACAUUGUGAUUGAUACUGAGAGUCAAUAAUCCAUAUUAUUUUGUUAAUGUAAUGUGUUACGAUCUCAACUU